AUGUCUACCGCCGCCCGCCGUCGCUUGAUGCGUGACUUCAAGCGUAUGCAGACUGAUCCUCCCGCUGGCGUUUCUGCCUCGCCUGUCCCCGACAACGUCAUGACCUGGAACGCCGUGAUUAUUGGUCCCGCCGAUACCCCAUUCGAAGACGGCACUUUCAGACUCGUUAUGCAGUUCGAGGAGCAAUACCCCAACAAGCCCCCCGCGGUCAAGUUCAUCAGCCAGAUGUUCCACCCGAACGUCUACGCCACAGGAGAGCUUUGCUUGGAUAUCCUGCAGAACCGCUGGAGUCCCACGUAUGACGUCGCGGCAGUGUUGACGAGCAUUCAGAGUUUGCUUAACGACCCAAACACGGGCUCCCCAGCGAACGUUGAAGCGUCGAACCUCUACAAGGACAACCGGAAGGAGUACACGAAGCGGGUUCGUGAGACGGUUGAGAAGAGCUGGGACGACUAA